UAUAAAUGUCUGUGAGAAGACAACUGGUAAAUAUGAAAUAGAGCUAUAUAGGAAUAAAAGACCACAAAACAGUCACGGCAUGAUUGUUGUCUACUUUGACCAAGAGGUUUGGGUGUUAUAUAUGAAUUGGCCUAAUAGAGGAUUUUCAAGGUCUUUCAUAGUAAUAGAAACAUUAUAGUUUCAUGGCUUGCACAAUUUGCUAGAUGUUUUUAUUUUAAUUUUUUUAUUCAUUAUUUUUUUACAAGACAACAUGUUGUGUCCCACAAUUUGCUAGAUGUUGAGCGUGAAAGUAACCAUAGCCACACACACACACACACACACACAGGAUAAUACUCAAAAGUCGGCUGCAGACGGAACCUUCCUGUUGGGGAUCUUUUGCCGGAGGGACCGGAAAGGGGUGGGAUCCGGUCCCACGAAGUCGCGAUGUGGGGAGGCGGCAAACUGAGCUACUCCGGGGCUCGUUUUUUAGGAGUGCUUGUGCCUGGGUGGAGGAGUUCACAAACCAAGUGUCCUGGUUUAACCUCCUUGGCUGUUUAUUCAAAGAAUCAGCUCAAUUGGUCUCUGGAAAUUAAACCAGGAGUUUUCAAUGAAUAUAGAACCAUGUGGUUCAAAUCCUAUAGGACAGCCUUUUCCUGUUUGAAUAGAAUGAAAAGUUACAGGUCCCCUUGGACAAGACUGUACAGCACUUCACAAAACACUGUGGACAGCAAUGAGGUCAAAACCUUCCUGGCCCUGGCUCACAAAUGGUGGGAUGAGCAAGGAGUAUACGCGCCUCUUCAUUCUAUGAAUGAUCUGAGGGUGCCAUUUAUUAGAGACAAUCUUUUGAAAACAGUUGCUAAUCACCAGCCAGGAAAACCUUUGUCUGGGAUGAAGAUUCUUGAUGUUGGCUGUGGUGGUGGAUUGUUAACUGAACCUCUAGGGCGGCUUGGGGCUUCAGUUGUUGGAAUUGAUCCUGUGGAUGAGAACAUUAAAACAGCACAGUGCCAUAAAUCAUUUGAUCCAGUCCUGGAUCAGAGGAUAGAGUACAGAGCAUGUUCUCUUGAAGAGAUUGUGGAAGACACUGCAGAAACAUUUGAUGCCGUUGUAGCUUCUGAAGUUGUAGAACAUGUGCUUGAUCUAGAAACAUUUUUACAGUGCUGCUGUCAAGUGUUAAAACCCGGUGGCUCUUUAUUCAUUACUACAAUCAACAAAACACAACUGUCCUAUGCCUUGGGAAUUGUUUUUUCAGAGCAAAUUGCCGGUAUUGUACCAAAAGGUACUCAUACUUGGGAGAAGUUUGUUUCACCUGAAAAACUAGAGAGCAUUCUAGAACCAAAUGGUCUGUCAGUUCAAACUGUGGCAGGAAUGCUUUAUAACCCCUUCUCAGGUCACUGGCAUUGGAGUGAAAAUACCAGCCUUAACUAUGCAGCUCAUGCCGUGAAAUCCACAGUACAGGAACACACAGUGCCUGCUGAAUUUGUUUUAAAGGAGGAAACAGAAGAGCUCCAAGCUAAUGCCUACACCAGCCCAGGCAUGCAUGAAGAGCUGAAGAAAUAAAUCGUUUCUAGGGACUAUAGUAAUAUGGCUUGAAAGUCUGAUGUUUAUAAGUAUAAAAAGUAUGUAAUUUAUCCAUUAAGAGAGAAUCAUGAAGAAAGGGUCAAUAAAAAGGGCUAAAACCUGAACAAAAGUUUUUAUUGUUUCAUCUAAUAGCUAUUUUCAAGGGAUUUUGUGGAUAAAAAGUUUUAUCAAG